AUGGAAGACAGUGAUGAUGAUGAUGCAAAACUCAAAAAAGAGAUAGAAGCUGAAUUGGAUAAAAUCAGUAUUUCCUCCUUGGAACAAGAUGAGGUUGAAAGUGAGUCAAACUCAGAAACUCAAAGUGAAGGUAGUGAUGCAGAUUUAGAAGAAUUACCAGAGUCAGUUCUUCACUGCAUCAACAUUAUAAAGAACAAGAGUAAAACUGUUGAAGAACUCCUUCAGGAUUUAGAAGACACCAAUGUUUUAAAAGAUUAUGAGAAGUUCUCAUGCUAUAGUUAUGGGACAGUUUCUGAUAAUCAUAUGCAUUUAAGGAUAGGAUUAUCAACAGAAAAUAAAGAAAAUCAGGAACAACUAAUGAAGAUAUUAACUGAAAUAGAAAAAGAAGAAUUUAUGAGAAGUAAAUCCCAUUGUGAAAAUCCUGACUUGGUUCCUGAGCCUGAUCUUUGUGACUUGCCUAUUGAUGAACAUGCUUUACCAGAUGAUGCUGAUAUAAAUUUUGGAUAUUUUGAAGUUGAAGAAAGAUGUAGACAGUCUUUUGAAGCCUGGCAAGACAAACAGAAAGAACUAGAAGAUAAAGAUAAAGAAAUUCUCAAAGCUCAGAGGGAUAAAGAAGAAAAGCAAUUUCAAGAGGAAGAAGAAAAGAGACAUUGCUGGAUGAAACAAUUUGAGGUUGAAAAGAAAAAAUUAGAGAAUAUACAGAAGCAAGAACAGGACAAGAUGAAUGAGGAGCUCCAUGAAGAAGAGAAAAUGUGGAAAGAAAAAUUUAAACAGCAUGAGGAAUUUAUGAGAAAUUUGCAUGUACAAAUGGAAGAGGAAAGAACAAGGUUCAAGGAUCUACAAGAAAAAGAAAAGAUGCGUUUGUUAGAACUGCAGCAUAAUGCAGCUGUAAAAAUUCAAGCUAAAUAUAAGGCAUUCAUAAUCUACCAAAAAUAUAGCCCCAUAAUUAGAGACCGAAUAGAACGAAAACAAAGGAAAGCAAAAGAGUUGAAAGAAAAGGAAGCAAAUAUACAACAGAAAGAGAAAGAAAAUAGGAAAAAAUUAGAGGAAGAACAAAGGAUAGAAGAAGAGAUAAAAAAACAGAAGCAAGAGGAAAGAAAAAGGAGAGAAAAAGUAUAUGAAGAAAAAAAGAACAUCCUGAGACGAGAAAGAGAAGAACUACAAAACAAGGAAAAAUUUAAAUUAAUAGAAGCUGCAAGCCAACAGCUUAUAAUAAAUACCACAUUGAAGAAGGGAGAACAUAAUGCCAAACAUUUAACUAUUGAAGAUAAGUCAAAGAAUAAGAGUGAGAUAGCCAAAGAAUUAGUGUAUGAAAAUUCAAAGAAGCAGGAAAAUGUUCCUCUUUGGGUAGUUAAGAAAUUGAAUAAGAGUGAAAAUAUAGGUAGUCAGUUUGUCUUGAAAGAACCAAUACAAGAACAAUUGAAAUCAAACCAAGCCAUUUUGGCAGAAUUAAAAAUAGAAGAAACAAAUGAAAGCCUAGCAAAAAAACAGUGUUCUGAAAAAAUGAUUAAGCAAGAAAUAAAAUAUGAAGAUAUGUACAAAAGAACUGAAUUAGAAAUCUUAGAUCUAAAAGAAAAUAUGAUUGAACAGUUUCAGCAAGAAUUAAAGACACAAACACAAAACCAGGAACAGGUGGAAUAUGCCAUAAAGGAAAAUGGGGGGGGGAAAGUCCAAAUAAUAAUAUUAGAAUGUAAUGAAGAAAUGAAUGAUGUGAAGAACAAUGAAGCACAGAAAAUAAUAGAAUUUAAUGAACAGAAAAUGAUACAAAAAGUAGAAAAAGAAGAGAUAUCACAAGGGAAUGGAUUAUAUGAAGAGAAUACUUCCAUUAUUUCAAUAAAGCAAAAACUACUACCAUUAAAAUUAGAAAAUGCUGAAACUAUGGAGGAAUAUCCAAUACUACAAGAAAAAGAAAUUAACUUAAAAUCCAAAGAAGCUGAAGAAAACUCAAAAGACAAUACUCUAAAUAGUGACAUUAUGUUCUUUAACACCACUGAUGCCAUGGUAAAUAGAGAAGGCAAAAUAAAUAAGCAAGAUUACUUUUUGGAUAGACUUGCUCUUCAUGAAGAUUUUAGUGGCUGUAAUACAAAAAGCUCCUGGAUUGCUAACAAAGAAAACUCUCUUAUAUCUGAGAUUAAUGAAAUUCCAGAGGAGUGCCAUGAAAACAGGGCUGAAUGUGAAAGGAUCAUAACCUCUAAACUAGAGUCAACACUUUUAUCUUCUAUUGAGGAGAAGAGACUAGCUUGGCUAAAAUCAUUUAAACCUUGGUUUGAAAUUUUCAGUCAAAAUCAGCAGAAAAAAAUUGUUAAAAGAAAGAGACCUUUGAAAUGCCUAGCUAGUACGAUGCCUCCUCUGAGCACAUUAGAAAUUCUUCAGUAUGGCCGUUGGAAUACUCUACAGCAGGUUACAACCAUUACAUUUCAAUAUUUGCCAGGUUGUAGUCUCUCCACAUUGUCGGAGUGUACAAAUCUUCAAUUUCUAUCCCUUCGAUGCUGUGGAUUAACUUCUUUACACGGCCUGAAUAACUGCAAAAAACUUAAGUACAUUGAUGUACAGGAAAACCAUAUUGAGACUAUCAACUGUGAAAAUUUGGAAAAUCUCUGUGUUGUUCUUCUUAAUAAAAAUCAACUGAGUUCCUUUCAUGGUUUGGAUGGCUGCACUAAUAUUCAGAAUCUUGAACUUUCGCAUAAUAAAAUCACUCGAAUUGGUGGUUUAGAAUCUUUGAAAAAUCUUCAACAACUAAUUGUGGACCACAACCAGUUGAUUAGCACAAAAGGUCUGUGUGAAACCCCUACCAUUAUAUACCUGGAUUGCUCCUAUAAUCAUCUUACUGAUGUUGAAGGCCUUGAAAAUUGUGGAUUGCUCCAAAUAUUGAAGUUACAGGGCAAUAAUCUAACUGAGCUUCCAUCUUUGGAGAAUCAUGUUCUGCUAAGAGAAUUACACUUGGAUGAUAAUAGCAUUUCAACUGUUGAAGGGUUUUCUUCAUAUUGGCUGCCUUUACUACAAAAUCUUACUAUCUCCCAAAACAGUUUGACAAAAAUUAUACCACUUUUUCAUUUUGUUUCUUUGGAAAAGCUAGAUGUCAGCAACAAUUGUCUUUCUGAUCUUACAAGUGCCAUAAAAUGGUUUGAUGCAUGCUGUUCUCUCCGUGAACUCUCUAUCACUGGAAAUCCACUUCUUCAAGAAAUCAACUGGCGGCAUUCUCUACUUGAAGUGUUACCUUCUCUAAAAAUCCUUAAUGGUGAUAAGGUAAACUCUCAUUCAGAAAUCCACACUCAAGAACACUGUCAUCUAGAAUCAAGACAUUUGCUUGCAUUUUGUCAGUCCCAAAUUCGGGAAUUUAACUUACUAAGUGAAAAGUAUAUCAAUGGAAAUAGGGAUGUGUUCACCUUGGAUACUGCAGAAAAUUUCUGUUAUUAUUUUAAGAAGUUGAUGACACUUAGUAAUGAAUGCAGAUAUGCACAUGAACAUGGGGAUAUAAGUAUCACUAAGAGAGAUGAAUCAGAAACCCAGAAAAAUCAUUUGGCCCUUCCAAGCAGUGACUUCAUACUGCAAGAUGAAGUCUUCCACUCUAGCACCAACAAACAUAGAACAGACUCACCAGGAAUUUCUGAGCAGUGGAUGGACCCUUGCUUUAAUAAUUCCCCAAUAAGCUACUCCUCUGCAUAUGAAGUUGUGGAAGGAAGAAGUCAGGAAAAAUUAGUAGGCCUGAAGAAAGAAGAUGGUAAGGCAAAAAGCAUCCCCACCAAAGGAAGUUCAUUCAUGGAAACAGAAACGACAAAUUCUCUGCUGAGGAAUCACCAGCAUAUGGAACAGAAUGAAAAAAUCAGGGCAGCGGUAGUAAUCCAGGCACACUGGCAUGGUUACCUUGUGCGCAGACAGAUCAAUUUCUCUACACGGAGGCAUACUGCUGCAGUAGAACCCCUGCCAAAUUCCUUCAUCAAUAUUCAGACUAUUUUGAAGAAAGAAAAAAGAAAAAAUACUAUGAAUAUCCAAGAACAGAGGGAGAGGGCUGCUGUUCUUAUUCAGGCAGUUUGGAAAGGCUUUAUUUUGCGAAAGAAACUGACAACAGCUCUAGAGGCUAUCAAAAAUGAAGAAUCUGAAGAAGAAUAUGAAGAAAUAGAUUUAGAGGAUUUUACGUUUGAUGAAGCUGCCUUAGAGAAAGAAUGGCUAGAUUUAGAUUCCACCCGCUUCCCUUCACAAACACUGCUUCUCUCAAACCAGCUGCACUGGCCAAAGAUCUCUGGAACUUUGAAAUAUGAUGAUGCCUCACUUAAUUUACCAAGUCAUCCAGCUCAAGCAUGGCUAUGUAAUGACAAAGAAAAUUGUUUUUCAUCAGAACACACACACUUAAAUGGCAGAUCAGAAAAUGGAACUUUAUCCUGGACAUCUGAAUCUAAGACUAGUAGAAAGAGUUUACUAAGAUCUGAAAAAGAAGAAAAAAUUUCAGAAGAAUGGGGAUUUAAGGAUAUUUCUACUGCUCAACAAAUGCUGAAGAGGGCACAGAAAAUGAAAUCGAAGAAAUUAAAGAAAAAAUUAGAUCCCAGUGUGCGCCUAGCAUUAUUCAAAAACAAUGAAAAUAAAGUUUCUGUUAUAAAAUCACCAAAGCAGACACCGUCCAAAAGAGAUGGCUACUUUGAAGGUCAUAUCUCUUUCCCAGAUAAGGAAGAAGACUUUAUCUACAAGGAUACUACUGCAAAUGAAAAAUUAGAAAGGAGUAAAGAAUAUACAUACCAAUGGCUUCAUACACAGGUUGGGGUUCAUGCAGCUAGUUCCAGAAAUACGAAAUGCAAUCACUUCUUGCCUGAGUUAGAUCCAGAUGUACUUAAUGGUGGAAGAGUCCAACUCGUGGCAAGACUUGUAAGCAGAGAAGACACGGAUUUAGACCUUUUUUCCAUGACCAGUGGAAGUGCUUUGUCUGUGAACAGAGAAAAAAAAAAUCAGGCACACAGAUACUCAGCGGGAUCUUCAAGUAAGUUGUGGUUUCCUUCAGAAUUAAUUUAG